UAUGAGUGCACAGAUUGUGGGAAGUCCUUCAGUCAGAGUUCCAAGCUCAUUCGACAUCAGAGAAUUCACACUGGAGAAAAGCCUUAUGAGUGUUGUGAAUGUGGGAAAGCUUUUACCCGCAAUAAUUCCCUUCUUAUCCACAAGAGAGUUCACACUGGAGAAAAACCUUAUGAAUGUGGUGAAUGUGGGAAGUCUUUUAGGGAUAAUGGUCAGCUCCUUAUCCAUAAGAGAAUUCACACUGGAGAGAAGCCCUAUGUGUGCAGUGAAUGUGGGAAAGCAUUUAACCGCAAUUAUUCUCUUCUAAUCCACAAGAGAGUUCACACUGGAGAAAAACCUUAUGAAUGUGGUGAAUGUGGGAAGUCUUUUAGGAGAAAUAGUCACCUCCUUAUCCACAACACAGUUCACACUGGAGAAAAACCUUAUGAAUGUAGUGAAUGUGGGAAGUCUUUUAGGAGAAAUAGUCACCUCCUUAUCCACAACACAGUUCACACUGGAGAAAAACCUUAUGAAUGUAGUGAAUGUGGGAAGUCUUUUAGGAGAAAUAGUCACCUCCUUACCCACAACAGAGUUCACACUGGAGAAAAACCUUAUGAAUGUGGUGAAUGUGGAAAGUCCUUUAGGCAAAAUAAUCACCUACUUAUCCACAAGAGAGUUCACACUGGGGAAAAACCUUAGGAAUGUGGUGAAUGUGGGAAGCCUUUUAGGCAAAAUAGUCACCUCGUUAUCCACAACAGAGUUCACACUGGAGAAAAACCUUAUAAAUGUGGUGAAUGUGGAAAGUUCUUUAGGCAAAAUAGUCACGUCCGUAUCCACAAGAGACUUCACACUGGAGAAAAACAUUAUGAAUGUGGUGAAUGUGGGAAGUCUUUUAUCCACUAUAAUUCCCUUCUUAGCCACAAGACAUUUCACACUGGAGAAAAACCUUAUGAAUGUUGAGAAUGUGGGAAGUGCUUUAGUCAAAAUUGUCAGCUCCUUUUCCAUAAGAGAGUUCACACUGGAGAAAAGCCUUAUGUGUGUAAUGAAUGUGGGAAGUCUUUUAGUCGGAGUUCCACCCUCAUUCAACACCACAGAGUUCACAGCAGAGAAAAGCCUUAUGAGUGUAGUGAAUGUAGGAAAUCUUUUACGCGCAAUAGUCACCUCUUUAUCCACAAGAGAGUUCACACUGGAGAAAAACCUUAUGGAUGUGGUGAAUGUGGGAAAUCCUUUAGGCAAAAUAGUCAGUUCCUUAUCCACAAGAGAGUUCACACUGGAGAAAAA